CCGCCUCAGCCGGGCUCUCCUCUUCCACGUCACGGCCCGGACCUUCGAGAUGGCGGCUCAGAAGAUAAAUGAGGGGCUGGAGCACCUCGCCAAAGCAGAGAAAUACCUGAAAACUGGUUUUUUAAAAUGGAAACCAGAUUAUGACAGUGCUGCUUCUGAAUAUGGAAAAGCAGCUGUUGCUUUUAAAAAUGCCAAACAGUUUGAGCAAGCAAAAGAUGCCUGCCUGAGAGAAGCUGUUGCCCAUGAGAAUAACAGGGCUCUUUUUCAUGCUGCCAAAGCUUAUGAGCAAGCUGGCAUGAUGCUGAAGGAGAUGCAGAAACUCCCUGAGGCCGUUCAGCUGAUUGAGAAAGCCAGCAUGAUGUACCUAGAAAAUGGCACGCCCGACACAGCAGCCAUGGCAUUGGAGCGAGCUGGCAAGCUUAUAGAAAAUGUAGAUCCAGAAAAGGCUGUACAGUUAUAUCAACAGACAGCUAAUGUGUUUGAAAAUGAGGAACGGUUACGACAGGCAGUUGAAUUACUAGGAAAAGCCUCCAGACUGUUGGUACGAGGACGCAGGUUUGAUGAGGCAACACUUUCUAUUCAGAAAGAAAAAAAUAUUUAUAAGGAGAUUGAGAAUUAUCCAACUUGUUACAAGAAAACAAUUGCUCAAGUCUUAGUUCACCUCCACAGAAAUGACUACGUGGCUGCCGAGCGGUGUGUCAGGGAGAGCUACAGCAUCCCAGGGUUCAGCGGGAGCGAAGACUGUGCUGCGCUGGAGCAGCUUCUUGAAGGCUAUGACCAGCAAGACCAAGACCAAGUGUCCGAGGUCUGCAACUCGCCGCUUUUCAAGUACAUGGACAAUGAUUAUGCUAAGCUAGGCCUGAGUUUGGUGGUUCCAGGAGGGGGAAUCAAGAAGAAAUCUGCAGCACCACAGGCUAAGUCUGAAGGCGCCACGGCCCCCACCGCGGAGGAAGACGAAGAUGAGUACGCAGGAGGCCUGUGCUAGGACCUUGCUUUGCCACAGAAAGGAAGAAGAGUGUCCUGACUUGCCAUUCAUGGACUUGGACCUUGUCUAAGGGGAUCCAGACUUCUUUGCAGUAGUGGUUUUGAAAAUGCUAAUAAAGACUCAUGUUUAGUCAUCAUUUCCCUAAGUACCCACUAUGUGAAAACACUUCUUUCUCUUUCCAUAAGAGCCUUUCUAAGACAUCAGCAGGAAUUAACAGAAAAAUACACUGUCACAUUUUAAUACAGUUGAUUUUUAAAUUUGCAAGCCACAAAUUAUAUUCGAAACAAAAGGGACGCUAGGCAUAGAAAUUCUUUUCUCUUGGGCUUUUGUGAUUUAUUGUUAGAGAAUUUCCUUUGCGUUUUAUUUAAUAAUUGCUGCUAAAAGUGAAGUUUACUGAGUUAAACAAAGUAGUAUUUUAAACUUUUGUUUUGAAAAGGAAGUUUAUCCCCAUUGAUAUUAGAUACAUUUAAAUUAUCAAAUCUUUAAAUCUUUUCAGAGGUAAGACGGGGACAGGAUGCUUUUUGGAGCCUUACAAUAUUAUUUAGUCCAAUAAAAGGUAUGUUUAAGUCUUAUGUGUAUGUUGAAAGCUUUGAAGCUAUAUUCAACUCUAAUGA